AUGCAGAUUUUUCUUGGGAUCAUCUUUUCUCUGGGGAUGCUAAUUCCUGGAAAACUCAGCUUGAAAUUGCCAUAUGACAGGGAUCAGGUCUUGCAUAUUGUUCCAGAAACAUUUCAACAAGUCCAGCAUCUUCAGCAUCUCUGUAGAACUUUAUUGCUGGAUUUGUGGAAACCCUUGCUGCCUCAAGAUAUCUGUGCUGGAGAAGACCUGCACAUAAGGGUCCCAGCGCCUCUGGUGAAGGAGGUGAAAGACAGCUUAGAUCGGCAUAUGAUCUCUUACAAAGUCCUAAUUCCUGAUGUGCAGGAACUUGUGGAUCAGAGCAUGCCAGGGGAGAGGAGCAACCAUAGACAGGUUCCAGAAGGUUAUGUCUACACUGAAUAUCAUCCAAUGGAAGAGAUUUAUCAAUGGAUGGUUCAGAUUCAGAAGAACAACAGUGAGCUGGUGACUCAGCACUACCUGGGAAAGACAAUUGAGAAUCGAGAAAUGUACUAUCUGCAGAUCAGUCAACCAUCAGAUAAAACCAAAAAGAUUGUUUGGAUGGACUGUGGGAUUCAUGCCAGAGAAUGGAUCUCUCCGGCCUUCUGCCAGUGGUUUGUGAAAGAAAUUCUUCAAAAUUACAAAUCUGACCCACAGAUAAGCAGAUUUCUGCAGAAUUUGGACCUCUAUGUCUUGCCAGUCCUCAAUAUUGAUGGCUACAUGUAUUCCUGGGAAAAAGACCGUUUUUGGAGGAAAAACCGUUCUCCACAGAUGAAUGGCACCUGCUACGGGACAGAUCUGAACCGAAACUUCAAUUCCUCCUGGGGCAGUGUUGGUGUUUCUUACAACUGCAGCAGUGAAGUAUUCUGUGGAACUGGACCAGAAUCAGAGCCUGAGACAAGAGCUGUGGCUCAGUUUAUUGAACAGAGGAAGAGUGACAUUUUGUGCUAUUUAACAAUGCACUCUUAUGGACAGUACAUCCUCACCCCUUAUGGCUCAACAACUGAACCUCCAAGUAACAGUGAAGAAUUGAUACUUGUUGCAAAGCAAGCAGCUUCUGCACUGAUGGGAAAAUAUGGCACCAACUAUCAAGUAGGACCAACCUCUUUAGUUUUAUACAGUAACUCAGGCUCCUCACGGGACUGGGCUCACACGAUUGGCAUUCCUUUCUCUUACACAUUUGAACUGCGAGACAAGGGUACUCAUGGAUUUCUUCUACCUUCUGACCAGAUCCAACCAACAUGUGAGGAGACUAUGCUGGCUGUGACAACUAUCAUAGGCUAUGUUGAUCAGAAGUACUUCCCAGACGGGGCUGCUAUGAUGACCUCUGGCAUCAGCCUUUGCCUGAGCCUUUGCCUGAGUGUUGUACUUACAUGGACUGCUUCUUAA